AUGUUGGGGGGUCAACGACAGGCCACAGCGCCGCCAUCUUUGUGUGAGGGGAACCGGGACAGCCCCGGAACACCGGGAGAGCGGAACGGGACAGGCGGGAGGGGCCUGGGAGGGGCCGGGAAGCCCCAAAGCGCGGCGGGAAACGGCCGCGGGGGCGGCGAGAUCCCCCCCAAACCGGGCCCGGGGGGCUCCGUGACCCCCGCUCUGCCCCCGCAGGUGCGAUUCGCGCCCAGCCCCGCGCUCCGGGAUGAGGAGGAGGAGGAGGAGGAUGAAGAUGGGGGGGUCCCCGCCCCGGGCCUAUCCCCACUGGCGACCCCCACCCUGCACAGCAGCCGGGGGGGUCCCGGGGGAUCCCCCCCCGAGCCGUUCGACGCCCCCCGAGCGGCGGCCGCGCUCCUGGGCAGCUCCUUCGCCGCCCGCAGCGCUCUGGGCGGGGCUGCAGCCGCCGCCAUGAACGUGCCGCAAGCGCGGCGCCUCUUCCGGGGCCUCGUCAGCCUGGCCGUGCCGCCCCCGCCGGGGCCGCGCAGGGGGGCCCAGGCUCCCCCCGCGCCCCCCCCGCAGGUGCCCGGGCCGCAGCUGGGGGUGCUGGCAGCCGGGGCGGGCAGGGGGAUGGGGUGGCCCUGGCUGCCCCCCCCCAGCCCCCCCGAGCCCCCCCGGGCCCUCCCGCGCCCCUCCGGAGCCGCCUUCGCCAUGUACCAGAAGCUGCAGCAGUGGGGGGGGUGCUGA